AUGGCAGAAUCGAGAAGCGAAGGAGCGAAGCUGUAUCACGAGCGGCGCGGCGGAUCGACUCAUUCCGUCGUGCACUGCAUCAACACGCUGCUGCAAGGGCCUCUCUUCGACGAAUCCGGUAUGGCGGCGAUCGCGAUCGAGCUCGACCGGAGGGAGCGUCUCAAUAUAGUGCGGAAAUUCGGCCUCCCGACGAACUCCUCCGGCUAUUUCCGGUUCGACAUUUUCGGCGUUCAGGUCGAGCUCUUGCAAGAGGCCUUGAAAGCUUGGGAUAUGCAAGUCACCCCACUUCACUCCCCGGAGGCUUGGGAAGCCAAGAUCGAUUUUGAGCAGGAGAGCGCCAUGAUCUGUCAGAAGGGCCAUAAGGAAGAUUGGACCUGCGUUCGGAGGGUGGACGGCGAGUGGUACGAAUUCGACUGCCUCUACCCGGCACCGGAGCACGUGCCCGAGUUCUACGUGCCCGCUUACGUCGACUCCCUCGAGUGCUUCGGCUGGACCAUCUAUCUCGUCAGGGGGAAAUUGCCGGGGACGCGCGACACGCCAGCGGCACGGGCUCGCGACGACGACGGUCCGCCGUCGUCACGGGAGGAUGAAGCGGAGGGGAAUAGGGACGAGGAAUGCGCGCAAGCGUAA